UUGUCGCUACUCUCCUCCUCCUCCUCCCAUUUAAGUUUAGUUCAGUCUGACUGCUUUUUUUGUAACCUGAAUUCCUACUUUGUCUGCUUAGCCAAUAAAUAGCAGGAGGGACCUUCAGCUCGAGCAGUCCCACUCUCCUCCUCUUACACUAAACAUCCAUCUGACACCAUGUGGACCCAGGCCAGGACUCUGCCGCUACUCUUCGCCUGCUGCCUCUGGUCAGCCGAGGCUCAGAGCGAAGGCACCAGGAGACAAAGCAUCUGGGAUAAUCCCAUCAAAUUUAACACCAGAGGCAAGGACUUGUGCACCAUGAUCAUCACUGGUCAGGGGGAAUACACCAGGCUGAGGCUGUCGUGCCAGGGCAGCAAGCGCUCUUACUGGUGUGAAUACGUGGGCAAGCCUUACACCUGUCGCUCCUACAACAAAAACCCUCGUCACUACUUCAUCCAGAUGAUGUGGGGCCUCAGAAAGCUCUACAAUGCUUGCCAGGCUCCAAAGCAGAUCAAACCUCACAUGUGCAGGAAGGCAACUGAUGACUCUCAGAUGGUCUUCUCAUCUGCUUCCUUCUCCCAGUCAUCGCCAGAGGAUCCUUCUAGAACAGGAGCAAGGUCUGCAAGACCUCAACCUCGUCCUGCACCUACAAGGCCUAAUUUGACAAUGCAAGCUUCCACAAAAACCAUUCGAGUCCCACCAAGAAUAAAGACCACGCAGAGAACCAGUCCACAACCAACGACUCCUCCAGUGGAGAGCAAUGCUAAGAGGAUGGCUCAGCAGUACUGCUGGAGAUCACUUCAAGGCAUCUGCUCUUACGUCAUUGGUUUGUUUUGGAAUUAAUGAGGAAGAUUUAUAUUUCUGAUGAAGAUAACUUCUGAUGUCUGAUUAAAGUGGCCAUUGGAGGAAAAUUCCAAACCAUGUUUGUCUGUGGUGGAAAAACUGUAGCGCUCUCUUAAGGGAAAGAGGUGGUACUACUGUGACGUCCAAAGCAGGAUUUCUCAGUGAACCUUGCAUGCAUCAUCUUGCAAAUGUCACAGCUGGAAAAACUCUACUACAUGUCUUAAUUGUGUAACAACAAAUGUUUUGCAUAACAGUAGGCUAUGAAACACAAAUAUGAAAUGGUACAAGUACUACUUUAACUUGUGAGAAGGUUUCUGCAGCUGCACAAACUUUUACAACAAUAUAUGAGCCCAAGAUAAAAGAGACAGGCAACUCAUUUGUGUCACUUAUUUGUAUUUAUGUUUGUUUACUUGUAUAUAAUCUAUUUGCAUCACUUAAUAUUACCUUGAAUAUUAAAUUGUUGCGAAAGACCAAGUUUUUUAAUUUUGGUCUGAAAAAGGCAGUGAUUUCUGUACUGGUGUAUUUGACAGAAAGAUAUAAUGAAUGUGAAAAUGAUCUUAUUAAAUAAAUAAACAUUAAUCUCAAUUA